AUGGACACAGUCAUAACCAGCCUGCCUCCAACAGUGGGCACCAUCCUGAUGGAUAAUAUCUCAAUCAUUCAGAUCGUGUCCAUGUUCUCAAUCGGCGCGUACAAUGGUCUAGAAACAGGAAUCGUCGCGUUUGAUGUGUUCAAAGGCUACCGCAGCCUGUAUUUCUGGAGUAUCCAGGUCGCAUCCUGGGGGAUCGUUCUGCAUGCUCUUCCUGCCAUGGCUCGCUUUCUAACACAAGCAUCCAACAUCGCGACGUCAGUCCCCUUCGUGAUCGGAUGGUAUGCUAUGGUCACCGGCCAAGCCAUUGUACUGUACUCGCGUCUGCACUUUGUUGUCUCCAACGUGAGGACGCGGCGUUGCGUUUUGUGGAUGAUCAUUAUCAACGCCUGCAUCCUACACAUUCCAAUGACCGUUCUCUUCUUCGGCCUCAACAACGGCGACGCACGUCUCGCUCGCCCUGCCGCAAUCUUCGACCGAAUCCAGCUGACGGCUUUUUGUGUGCAAGAUUCCAUCAUCUGCAGCAUUUAUGUAUACGAAUCAGCUCUUACUUUCAAGAAGAUCAGCACCAUUCGUGGUCAGAACAGUCGCAGUGCCAUCAUUCAUUACUUUGGAUCAACAUUCUUGUCGUGUUUCUCAAUGUCCUGCUCCUCGUCACAGAAUACAAGCUUCACUACAUUCAAGUGA